CAGAUGUGUGUUGUUGUAUUUUUGUAUUGCGAAUUCUGUAAAGUGUGCCUUGUAUAAAUCACACAAAUUAACCAUAAUUUUUAAAUAAGCAUUUACAUUUCUUAGAAAAUGUCCACUAGGUCAAAUACAAAAAACAAAAUCCCUUCACCGCCAGUUCAAAAACGUGUAGAAAACUCGUGGAUUUUACUCGUAAAAGAUUCUUUGCUAGAGAAUAAAAAUUUCAAUAUUGUUACAUUACCGCAUCCGGCGAGUGGAAAGCCUGGAAAGUACUGCUUAGAUGACAUAAAUAAUAAAAUCUACGAAAUUAUUUCAUAUGAUGAACCAUACAGGUCUUGGUUUAUUGGAGAAACAGUCAAAUCUGAUGGCAGUGUUCAAAUGUGUACACCUGUCAACCCUAUAUUUUUAGUAUUGCCAAAGUUGAAAGAACAAUGCAGCAGUAGAGCAGUUCCGUUAGAAGACUUGUUAUCUGAAAAAGGAUAUGACAAAAUCCUUGAUUUUGUGCCCAGUUUGGACUGUAUAGCUGACUUGAAGGGUUCUCCAGAAUUAAAAGCUUAUAAAUACAAUGAGGAGAAGACCCUAUCAUGGUUGAAAGAUAGAGUCCACAAAGUUUCGAAAGUAUUGAGACAGAAAAAUAUCCAUGUCACUCCAGGAGCUACUUCUGCUACUUUUGUAACCAGUACUAUCAGUAAUGAUAAUGUGGACGAAGAAUUCUUCUUAAAAUAUGCCUUUGAGUUAAUAUCUGGUUACCUACAAGAAGAAAUGGUACAAUUAUUAGAAAAAGUAUUCAACUUCAAGCCGGACUUGAUUGAAAAAAUUGGUAACAAACGCAAGUCAGAGGUUGAUAGUAACGGAAUAAAUAAGAAAAUCAAACUUGAAGAUGCUGAUGACAAAUCCAAGAUAAAAAUGGAAAUAACACCUGACAAAAAUACAAAUGGAGUGAAAAAAGAAAAAUCAUUAACAGCAAAAGAAAAAGCAAUGCAAAAAGCUGCCAGUGGGACAAAGACUAUAUCAUCAUUUUUCAAAAAGAAGUAAUCAUUAAUUGAUUUAAAUCUGUUUGACAAUAAGAAUGAACAAAUAAUAUUUUUGUAUUAUAAUUAUAUGCAUUAAUUUUAUUUAAAUAUGACGUGCGCAUGUGACUGAGCAGAGAAGAUAUUUGUCAAUAAGCAUUGACUGUGUAAUGUCGUUGAUCGAUUAUGAAUCCUGGUUAAGGCUGCAAACUAUUCAAACGCCCUAAAAUAGUCAUGCGAGUACGUUGUAUUAUAUGAAAUGAAAUAUGUAAAUACCUACAUCAUAAUUUUUUUUAUAUAAAUAUGUAAAUGUUUUCAGAUUUGUCUUAUUUAAAGCCACAAUAAAAGACUCUACAAACAUG